GAAAGCUGCUCGAUGCUGUUUCUGCCUCCACGAUGGCAAAAAUCAUUUUGAGGCACCAUAUCGAGACUCCGGUGCGUUACCAGGAGGAGUUUGAAGCUCGGGGUUUGGAAGCCUGCAGGUUGGAUCAUGCGUUAUACGCAUUGCCGGGGCCAACCACCGUGGACUUAGGGAGAGGCAGGGUGGCCCAGGCUCCGCCACUGGACGUAGCCUCAGAAAUGCCUCCCCGCUUUCAGAUUCUGCUGGAUGUAGUUCAGUUCCUCCCUGAAGAUAUCAUCAUUCAGACCUUUGAGGGCUGGCUGCUGAUUAAGGCUCAACACGGAACAAGAAUGGACGAACAUGGUUUUAUCUCAAGAAGUUUUACCCGACAGUAUAAACUGCCAGAUGGCAUUGAAACCAAAGAUCUGUCUGCCAUUUUCUGCCAUGAUGGAAUUCUGGUGGUGGAAGUAAAGGAUCCAGUUGGAACUAAAUAAAAACUUAUUGGUUCCUGUUCAUAUGACAAGAGGAAGAUUCUAGUUCAGCUAGUAGUACCACUGGAAUGCUUGAAUUACCCACGUUUGAAAUUAUUUUCAUGAAGAUUAAAACUAUAGUCACAGUUUCGGGUAUGUUGAGGUUGCCUUUGUUUUCAUACUAAGAAAGGAAAAUUGUUCAAUGUGUUGAAAAGGGAUGUUGUUCUUACAACUGAAAUACUGUCCGUGUAGGAGCCUGCGGUUUGAUCUAGAAAAGAAACAGAAUUAUUUCUUCAUCACUUCAACAAUGCUAGGAAAGCUGCAUUUGUGGUAAUUGAUGGCUUAAUUGUCAUGCUAAUUUAAGGAACUUGUAUCCAUCUUAUGAAAACUUUCUGAGCUAAAGAAGAGUUGUGAUUCCUUUCAAUUGAUAAGCUUUCCCUUAGGUUGUUUUCAUUAAAGUGGAGUGUUGUAAAUGUAGCGUCUGAAGAUAAAAUAGCAUUUGGAAAUUGGGUCUGAAAUACAUGAUUCACUGCAGUUGUUGCUUUUUUAAACUUAUGCUGG